AUGCCUGGGCCGGGAGGACUCCCGCUGAUUGGUAUUGGAAUCAGUCUGCCCGACAAGGCCCACGUCCGCUUUCGUCAAUGGGCUUCGCAGUAUGGCGAAGUCUUCAAGUUGCGCGUUGGCUGGUUCGACUGGGUCGUCAUCAACAGCCCUCAGGCGAUGCACGAGAUUCUGAACAAACAGUCCAUCCAUACUUCCUCCAAGAUGCCCGCCCCACUGGGAAACGAUGUAGUCAUGGGGGGCAUGCGCAUGUUCACUCUGCCGUAUGGCCAGAAAUGGCGCACCUACCGCAACAUAUCGCACCAGCUCCUCUCGAGUACCAUGACGGCCACCUUCGUGCCGUCGCAGGAGUACGAGGCCAAGCAGCUCCUCUUCGACCUGGCGACUGACAACAAGAACCAAGACGAGUUCCAGAUGCACAUACGCCGCUUCGCCUUCAGCAUCAUGAUGACGAGCACCUACGGGAUGCGGGUGACCAACUGGGACGACGAAAACGUGCAUCACGCGCUUGCCAGCGCCCGCAUCCUCGGCCAGAUCACGCGCGCCGGCGCCUUCGUCGUGGACGAGCUUCCUGUCCUGGCGAGACUGCCCGCGUGGCUCCAGCCCGGACGGCGACAGGCCGAGGCGUACGCCAAGCCGAUGCUCGAGGCCAAGAUGCUGCUCUGGCGCAACCUCCAGCGGCAGGUGGCAGAGGGGAACGCGCCCGUGUGCUACGCGCGCGAGCUGAUGGAGAACAGCGACGGCUGGCGCAAGCAGGGCCUGCGGGACGAGGACGCGGCCUGGGUCGCCGGCGGCAACCUGGAGGCCGGGUCGACGACCACUUCCGUGACGCUGCUCAGCCUGCUGCUGCACCUGGCGGCGGCGCCGCACGUGCAAGAGACGGCGCACGCCGAGCUGAUGCGCGUCGUGGGGCCCGACCGGACGCCCACCUUCGACGACAUCAAGGACCUGCCGUACGUCCGCGCCUGCGUUAAAGAGGUGCUCCGGAUGCACCCGACGCCCUUCUGGGGUAUCAAGCACUUUGCGGAUGCCGACGUAGUCUACAAGAAUUAUGUCAUCCCCAAGGGAACGAUUCUUCUCGGCAACACCAGCUUCCUGCAUUACGACCCGGACCGCUACGAAGAGCCGUUCGAAUUUCGCCCGGAGCGCUAUCUGGGCUUCCCCAAGUACAGCUCCGAGUACGCCAACCAGGGGGACCCCUACCAGCGCGAUCACUUCACCUUUGGCAUGGGGCGGCGCAUCUGUCCCGGUUCACGGCUUGCCGAGAACUCCCUCGACAUUGCGCUUGCCAACGUCCUGUGGGCCUUUGAGGUUCGGCCGCCACUGGUAGACGGGGUGGAGGCUGCUGGUGUGGAUGUAAGCGACGACGCUUGGGACGACACGAGUUUCCGCGGCCCCAAGCCAUACAAGAUCCGCUUUGUGCCGCGCUCGAAAGACCGGCUUGAGCGGGUACAGUCGCAGUGGGGGGAAGCUAAGAAGGAGGGUUACAUCCUGAGAGGCCAGAGGGUAGACGUCAACGGCUAUGUUCAAAAGACUUAG